CGUUCCAAUCACUCUCGAGCUUAAACCUCCACCUCCCAUUACCAACAAAUCUCUCAUUUCACAAUGGCCGCCGCAACCAUGGCUCUCUCUUCCCCAUCCUUCGCCGGAAAGGCUGUGAAGCUCUCUCCAUCCACCCCUGAAAUCCAGGGCAACGGCCGUGUUUCCAUGAGGAAAACCGGCACCAAGCCUGCCUCUGGGAGCCCAUGGUAUGGCCCGGACAGAGUUUUGUACUUGGGCCCACUCUCUGGUGACCCUCCAUCCUACUUGACUGGAGAGUUCCCCGGUGACUACGGUUGGGACACUGCUGGCCUCUCUGCUGACCCAGAGACCUUCGCCAGGAACCGUGAGCUCGAAGUUAUCCACUGCAGAUGGGCCAUGUUGGGAGCUCUUGGAUGUGUUUUCCCGGAACUGCUGGCCAGGAAUGGAGUCAAGUUCGGUGAGGCUGUGUGGUUCAAGGCUGGAUCCCAGAUUUUCAGCGAGGGUGGACUUGACUACUUGGGCAAUCCUAGCUUGAUCCACGCUCAAAGCAUCUUGGCCAUCUGGGCCUGCCAAGUUGUCUUGAUGGGAGCUGUGGAGGGUUACCGCAUUGCUGGUGGACCCCUCGGUGAGGUGACUGAUCCAUUGUACCCAGGUGGCAGCUUCGACCCAUUGGGUCUUGCUGAUGACCCAGAUGCAUUCGCCGAGCUGAAGGUUAAGGAGAUCAAGAACGGCCGAUUGGCUAUGUUCUCAAUGUUCGGAUUCUUCGUCCAGGCCAUCGUCACUGGAAAGGGGCCAUUGGAGAACUUGGCUGACCACCUUGCUGAUCCAGUCAACAACAAUGCCUGGGCCUAUGCCACUAACUUUGUCCCCGGAAAGUGAGAUCAGAGUGAAAGAGGGACUUGUCUUUUAAAUGUUCUUUCUUGGUGUGAUGUAAAUUUGUUGCAAAUCAAUGAGAGCAUAAUGUGAAUUUCGUGCGCUCAAAA